UAUAAUUCUUUGGAAUGGGGAGGAAUCUUAGAGAAAAGAAUAGAAAUGACUAAAAAGAAUGAUUUCUUGCAGUGGAUAAUUAUUGAUCAAGGAUAUCCACCAGUAAUAAGAAAAUAUGGAUUAUAUCAAAUGUAUUUACAAUGGGAGCUUAAAGGGUUAGAAGGAAUUAAAUGUGAAACAUGUGGAGAUAGAUUACAAUCAAAUUGUACAAGGAUUCUAAAAGAAUAUAAU